GGUUCAGAAGGUAUUUGUUCACGAUGGUGGAAGGUUUGUCGGUUUUUCUCAAGGAUAAUAUUACCCACUGGAAAAACUAAUGAAUACUCGUAAUAAGAUAUUUUUAUCAAAUGGUUAAAAGAAAAAGGACUAGUUCUUGUUCUGCUCAAGAAGAAAAGACUCAAGAUGACAGGUCUUUGGAAAUGUAUCGGGGGGAUUCAACUACGAGCGGUAGUGUUACCGGUUGUAUCGAUGACCCCACGAUAUCUAACGCUUACUCGGACGUACGUGAAGCUUGGGUUCAAGGAAGUUUGACACGUAGUAGGGCGCAACAGCAAGCCAAAUCAGUUGUAUUGGAAACAACAAAUCAAAACUUUCCUAUAGAAAAUACAGAUGUUAAGGGAGAAGAGAAAGUACAGGUAAUAGAAAAACAAGUAGUGACCAAUUCAAAGGCUGGAAUUGUUGGACAAAGAAGUAGUGCUCGAUUGGCCAAGCGCCCAAGAAAGGAGCUAAGUUCUCCACUUCCAUCCCAACAUCCCUCAAAAAAGAGCAAUGGCUCUUCAGCAAAUUCGGCUUCUAAAACAAUUAGUACAAAUGACCAAGGAAAACCAAGAAGAACAUGGGAACUUUGGAGUGUGGAAGAUAAAAAUGCAUUUUUUGAAGCUCUCUGUGAAUAUGGGAAAGAUUUUGAAAACAUCCAAUUGUACAUUGCCCAGCGAAGUAAGAAGAAAGGAGUUCCUCCUAACAUGAUAAAGAACAAAGAUCAAGUUCGCCACUUCUAUUAUAGAACAUGGCAUAAAAUAUCCAAAUACCUGGAUAUUGGUGAUGAUGUGAAGAAACAGACUCAAGAACUCUAUGGUCUUAUUAAUUAUGCUGAACUUCGUAAGAAGAUCGGAGGAUGUUUGAAUGAAAAGAAUCGCCAGAGACUAAAUGAUCUCAUCUUAAACGGAGUAACCUUUGUGAAAUUUAAAGGAAAGAAACUACGCAUCAAAACACCCGUGUGUCGGGCCCUGAAGAAGAUUAAUAAUGUGGAAGAGCCAAAAAUACAAGAAGAACCAAAACUUCCCAAAGAAAUCUAUAUUGAAUUUCGUCCACGCACAAAUGCUGCUUGGCUUCAUGUUCAAAGCCUAGCACAGAAUCCUCGAGUUCGUACAAAAGUUAACCUGCAAAGGCGUUUAUCAACUGUGAUAGAAUACUUGGAGAAAAAAUGGAAACCACAAAGGCUCAAACAAAAAGAACAAAUUUUGUGCAAUCUAUCCAAAGUUUCUGUUCCAGAACUCCCCCCUGAUCCUCCACCCGUACUUCGUGUCAGACCCAGAUCAGACUUUAAUAUAUCGCUCCUCUCUAUUCACCCUGUUGACAUGGCUUCUAGUGCUGAUGUCAGUCUGGAGAGUUACAGAAAGAACAGCGAAAAAAAUGGUAAAGAGAAAGAAAAUAUCAAAGGAAAACGAGGAACUGGGAAAGUGAAAGGGAAACCCGUCGUAGAACCUAAAGCUGGAAGUUCAGUGAGACAUCUAGACAUUUCUGUAGAUAGAAAAACACCACGUCAACCAAUCACUGAACAGAAAAGUGUUGAUCAAGUCAAUCAGUCUAAUGUCCAAGACAGUGAGAAGCCAAUGAGUAAUAUAAGUUCUUCUACAAGUUCUAAUGAUUCUAGCUCUUUAGCCUCACAUUUUAAAGAAAUUUUUUCGGAUGGUGAAACUCUACAAGCUUCCAAAGAUUCAUCUAAAGAAUCAGUUUCAUCUGAAGAGGUUAUGUGUAAUAGACAUGACAGCUUAGAUAAUCCAGUUGAGGAAGCACAGAGAUCUCUCUCACUCUUGACAAAUAUUCUUCAGUCAAUGGAUGGUGUGGAUCAAACUACAGCAUCAAGAUCUGAAUUAAGUGCCUCUAGUGAUGUUUUGUCCACACCCCCUGGAAUGCUUACCAAAGAGCCAAGUUACUUGCAAUCUCUUGUAGUUUCUACCAAGGACACCAUUGGAGAACUCGUGCCCGAUAAACCUGGUGUCAAUAACAUGACUCUCGGACAGCUUCUGGGGCUAGCAGCCAAAACAAAUCGUGAAGCGGCAAAGGAAGUAUCAACCAAGCCUGAAGUUAAUACAAAUUCCACAGUUAACACAGUAGUAACCACACAAUCAAAUGAUAUGCAAUCCAUUAGUGCAUCUACCAGUGACAGCACUGAACUGCCCACUCAAUCAGAAUCUAGUAACAUGACUUUUGGGCAGCUUCUGGGCUUAGCAGCAGAACAGAAACAUGAAGCAGCAAAGGAUGUAUUGACUAAGCCUGAAAUUAAUUCAAAAUCUGAAACAGAGAACAAAGUAGUAACUACACAAGUGAACGAUGUGCAGUCCACUAGAGCAUCCUUCAGUGACAACACCGAACUGCCCACUCACACUGAAUCUAGCAAUAUGACUUUAGGACAACUUCUGGGCUUAGCAGCUGAACAAAACUGUGAAUCAACAGGGGAGCUUCUAGUAAAACAAGAAAGCCAUGGAAAAUUGGAGUCAGAAGAAUCUGCUAAUACUAAUAGUGAGACAAAGAAUUCCUUGGAAAAAAAAAAGGAUCAGUGCAAUACAGCAGGGUCAGAAAAAGUAGUGAAACAGAAGAAAGUAGAACUACAGUUAGAGAAAGCAAGUAUGAUGGACAUUGAAGUUCUUAGAAAAGGUUGGACAGUCGAAGAAGUGAGAAUGCUGACUGUUGGAGAGCUUUAUUUAAUGUUAAACCAGCCUUCAAAGAUUGUUCUUGAGUACGACUGGGAGGAAAAGACUACAGCAGAUUUAACCUUGGACCAGCUAGAAACUACAAAGAAUGAAGAACCCCAUCUCCAUCAACUGUCCAAGGUUCUGAAUAAACUGGUUCAGCUGGCUUCGAUCACAUUUGGAAACGUGAAGAAUAAACAGCAGUUACCACUCUCACCUCAUCUUCAAGAUAAUGCUUCUUCCAAGUCAUCUGGAACAUCUUCGAGUACCAGUCAGACCCGUGGUUCGGGAUCAUCAUCUGGUAAGAACUCGUCUAGAAGCCCAAGUGUGCGAAAUAAUGCAAGAAGUUCUGGACAGUCUCCAACUGUGAAGAAUACAAACAGACAGUUGAAGAAAGAAAAGACCACCGUUAUGCAAGGUGUCUCACAAUCCACUGUAACAACUGUUACCUUGGGGACCAUGGGACAACCAAUGACACCAAAUCCAGUGGCAGAUGUGCCUAGUAUUUCUACUACUUUGGGGGGGACUCCUGCCACUGUCCAAGACAAGCAUAUGUUUGUGGUGCCUGUUGGAGCUGCACCUCGAGCUGUGAAACCUGGAAUGCCUACUACCACUGAUUCUGUCACUGAGCAACUCCAUAAAUUGCUGCCUAAUUCGAGACGUGGAGCACGACCUCGUAGGAAACCUAUCGUCAUACAGAGGCCUCUACUUCCAAGACGGCAUACUUUAGGGGUUGGAAAACCCAUGACGUUUGUCGAACUUCUUCCUUCUCAUUCGCCGUUGACAGCUGUAAUUCCAGUUACCACAACAUCCUCAUCACCAGCUGGUGUGCGUCAUGUCACUUUACCCCUGACCAAGAAGGUGGUAAAAGUUGUUCCUGCUGCUACUGGCCCUGUGGAUGUGACCUCCCUCCAGGUGCCUUUACUGAAAACAGCAGAAAGUAGUUCCUCAGGAGGAGUAGUUAUGCAGCCGCACGUCAUCUUGGCCAACAGUACAGCUUCAACAACUAGUCUUUUAUCUAUGCCAACCGUGACACAGGUCAUCAGCUCUGUACCCAAUCCGUCGGGAUAUUCCCGUGCAACGACGAGUCACCAUGCUGUUAGGUCCUCUGAAGGUGUGAAUGUGAUAACUAAACAUGAAGAUGUUGUGAAAGGAAGGCUGCUUUCUGUCACAACCCCUCUCACAAUCAGAACAGAUUCACACACUACCCUUGCAUCAUUAAGCCUCAGAAACUCUCCCAUUUCAUUGAAGUCCCCUGGAUUGUCCAGCAUCUCGGUUCAUUCUGAGAUUUCUCCACCUCAGCUUUCAAUUCCAGAGACAUCAACUCCUGUGUCCAUAUCCCCACCCAACAUAUCAUCACUGUUGGAGUUUUCACUGCCUGAUAGUAAGGUUUUAUUUAUUUUGUUCUCAUUGUUGCCUAGUUAUAAAGGGUAACAUCA